AUGACUUCAGAUACUAAAAGACACAAACCUUCAAAAAAACUUAUCAUCAAUGCUUUUAACCCGGGAUAUGCUGCAAAAUGGAGACAUCCACGUGACAAAUCCAGAGAAUUCACUAGAGACGUUGAUGCUUGGAUCGAAUAUGCCAAAUUAGCUGAAAAGGGGAAGCUUCAUGCUAUAUUCAUAGCAGACCAUCUUGUUUUAUUUGAUGAAUUUGAAGGGCCUGCAAAUUUUAAACAUCCUGCAAAAGCUGGUCAAGCUAUUCCUAGAGUUGAUCCAAGUGCAAUAAUCCCAGCUGUUGCUGCUGUGACGGAAAAUUUGGGAUUUGGUAUCACUUUCAGUACUGUUAGUGAGCACCCUUAUUUGUUUCAUAGAAGAUUGGCUUCGUUGGACCAUGUAACGAAAGGAAGGGUUGGUUGGAAUAUUGUUAGUUCUUACCUUAAUAGCAUUGGCCGUCAAUUGCUGAAUGGUGCUCCAUUACCUGAACAUGAUGAAAGAUAUGUGAAAACUGAAGAAUACUUGGAUGUUGUUUAUGAUUUACUAUUAAGUUCAUGGAGAGAUGAUGCUUUGGUUAAUGAUCGUGAAAAUGCUACAUUUAUUGAUCCAGAACGUAUUAGAGAAAUCAACCAUAAGGGCAAAUACUUCGAUGUUCCAGGACCAGCUAUAACAGAACCUUCAAAACAAAGGUUCCCUGUCAUCAUUCAAGCAGGUACAUCUAAAAAGGGGAAAGAAUUGGGUGCUGGAAAUGCUGAAGUUGUAUACCUUGAUGAUCGUGAUAAACCUCAUUUAAAAGAAAAAAUCCAAUCAAUGAAGAAAUUGGCUAAAGAAAAAUUUGGUAGAUCUGAAGAUUCUAUAAAAUUUUUGAUUGCUUCAUACCCAAUUAUUGGUAAAACCCAUGAAGAGGCUGAGAAGAAAUUGGAAGAAAUAAGUGCAGCAGCUGUUCCAUUAUCUGCUGAAAUUGGAUUCAGUAGUAUUUCGGGUAUUGAUUUGAGUAAAUUUGAAUUGGAUGGAGAAGUAUCUCUUGGAGGUCCAAACAACAACUUGAGAACAACUGUUGAAGGGAUCACAAGACAAAAAGUUCCUGGUAAAAGCUUGACUAAAAGAGAAAUAAUUGAAAAUUAUAAGGCAAGAAGUGGUUCAUUAUUUGGAUCAUAUAUCGAAGUUGCAGAUGAAAUCGAAAGAUGGGUCAGAGAUUAUGAUAUUGAUGGAUUGAAUUUGGGAGUUUCUGUUUAUCCUGAGGGACUUCAUGAUAUUGUGGAUUUAUUAGUCCCAGAAUUACAGAAAAGAGGUUUAUUCCAUUUAGAUUAUGAGGUUCCAGGUGGUACUUUAAGAGAAAAUUUGAAUGGUCAAAAAGGUCAAACUUUUUUGGCCAAAGAUCAUCCAGCAUAUGGUUUAAGAUGGGAAGCUGGUGUUUCGUUGAAAGACUUUGAAGAACAAGUUGAAAAGACCAAAAAGAAAAGACAAGAUAUUAGAGAUUCUUUAUAG